AUGAUAAAUCACGUGACACACUUACUUUUCUUAAGGAAAGUUGAGUUUUUCUUCUCUUCAGCUUUUUUUUUCCCUUCCUCCAACAAACAUCAAGAAGAAGUCGAAGAAGUGAAAAAUCUCCUUCGACCGGCUUCAAACAGCUUCAAGAUGCGUCCAAAGGUUUCAAUUGCUCACCUGGCUCGCCAUGGAGGCCUCUCGCUGGCCGAGCUGCCUCCCCCCUUUCUGGCUCCUGCCCUCUACUCCCCCAUAAUAUCGGUAUCGCGGUCGUCCAAAUUUUCAACUUCUGCCUCCUUUCAAGAUCGGAACAAGAAUCGUGGCGUCUCUGCAAUUCAUAGAAGCGGACUUAAGCAUCGAUUGUCGGUGUCAAAGUUCAAAUUACCGGUCCCAGAGAACCCAGAAAGACAUGAACCGCGUGUUCUCAACCCGGAACAUGGUCUCUGGGACUUCUUUCUUCCAAACAAACAGGCUUUCCCCACCCCAGAGCAGGAACAUGCGCAUGGCCGCUCCUGGACUGUUCAAGAAUUGCGCCAGAAAUCAUGGGAUGACCUCCACUGUCUAUGGUGGGUGUGUGUAAAGGAGCGUAACCGGAUUGCUACAUCCAAUUAUGAAAGAGACAGACUAAAGGCUGGAUACGGAGAGUACGAGGCUGGAGAAAGAGACAAGACGGUAAGCAUAUCACCUUAA